AACUAGGGGGGGAGUGCGGGCCCACCCGGCAUGAUGACCCCAACAGGGUGGGCAGUGCAGAAGAGAAGGCAGUCAACGCCUUCGGGGGUCACUGGACCAAGACAACUAUCUCGGACUGGCAUUUCCUUUACCCUUCCCAGGAGGGAACUUUCCCGGACUUGACGUUAACACCAUUUUGUAAACCUUACAGGUUGAGGCUCACUCACAGUGCGCACCUCAGAGAUACCAGCUGGUACCCAGUUCGCGUGGAUUGCGAAGACCUUCUGGACUGGCCGUUUCAAAGGAAAGAUCCGUCCAACCAUGAGCGCCAAGACUGCCAUCAGUUCAGCCGUCCUCUUCGCCAGUCUCCUGACCAUCGCCCAGGCGUGGCUCGUCCCCCAGCCACAACAGAACGUCUGGGCUGUCUUGGCCAAAUCACUGGGCCAAGACCACAUAUGUCUCAACCAAGCGAGUGCCGCGAAUCCCAUGGCAUCCUGCCUCGUGGGGAUCCCAUUUAAAGAUCGUGAGAUGCCCAAGAUGCUUCUAGGUUAUGCUCAAAAACUUAGACAAGAAGCUGCUAAAAUGGAGCAUAACCUAAAGCAUGCCCAUUACAUCGUCGCGUGGUACAAUUAUAUUAAAAGUCUUCCAAAGUUAGAAAACGAGCCUCAGGAGCUGGAGCUUCUAGGUUCCGCCAGAGCCGAAUCUUGUUUUCAUAUCCGUAACGACCACGUCCAGCGUCACCACCGUCAUUUUGUCUCCUCCAAAGCCCAUUUUAAUACUCAUUGGUGCAACGCUGUGUCCUUUAGUUAUCCUCCAAUCCCUCCCCAAAAAUCAGCCCAAGUCUUUGCCCAUCCCCGCCAGCUUCCUAGGGGAACAUUCUUGAUUUGCGGAGACCACGCAUGGGCAGGUAUCCCCUCUCACCUCUCCGGAGGCCCGUGCACCUUUGGGACCCUCGGAUUGUUUUCACCCAACAAAUCACAAAUUUUGGAUUGGGUUACACAAAAUUCUACAAAUGGUGCACAUCUAUUGGCACACUCUAGAAAGAAGAGAGAAGACUACUCUCUCAAAAAAUUGGCAGACGAUUGCGAUGAGGAAAUUAUCCAUUGGAGCAGAUCUAAAGGCAUCGCAAUCACAGUAUUUGCGCCGUGGGUCGCCAUUGCUAAGACCCUCGGAGAAUUAGGCCAUUUGGAAUGUUGGGUAGCUAAGCAAUCCCGUUUGACUUCUAGGGCCCUAUCAAACCUCCUGAAAGAUGAGGAAAUUACGAGGCAGGCAACCCUCCAGAAUCGUGCAGCCAUCGACUACCUCCUGCUCCUCCACGGUCACUCGUGUGAGGAGUUUGAGGGGCUCUGCUGCUUUAAUUUGACAUCUAGGGCCAAGGGGACUCGCGAGGCACUCAAACAAAUGGAAAACAUGAUAGGAGACAUCAAGCAAGAAUACGGGGACUGGCUCAGUAAUUUGUUCAAGGGAUGGGGGAUCUCGGGUUGGACGGGAUCGAUUCUUAGAACUGUUCUGUUAAUUGUUUUUGUGCUUUUUGUUGCUAUUGCCAGCCUUGGACUAAUGAAAAAGAUGUUGCAGAAUUUGAUUUCUUCCUCCACAUCACCACUCAAAGCUGAAGUCCACCGAGUAGCCGUUGAAGUAGGCCCAGAAGUGUUCAAGGAGGAGGAGGAAAGCUUCGUUGAUGAGGACGAGCAGGCUGAACAGCUUGAAAUCAUCGUGGAAGAAGUGCGCAGCUUUCCUCGAGAACAAUGGCCUACUCAACAGCAGUGGUUUGCAGAAUCAUACCCACGUUCUGAACACCUGGUGGACCCCCCUCAAUUCGGAUAUCUGAGAUAGGACUCACAGGGUCAAAAAUAAAAGAAA